UACUCUUUAGUUUAAGAGAGCCCUUAGAGCUAUUCCAAUGGCGAUAUCUCAGACUUCCGUUUCGAAAUCCAUCGCGUCGCCUAACAAGGAGAAGAAGAAGAAGAGCAAGAAGAAUCUUGAUCUUAAUCAAUCUCAUUCAGAAUCAGAUGCUGGACAGAAUCAACAAGAGGCACCACCAUUGCCUCCUCAAUCUCCUUGUUCUACGCCUUCAAAACGCACAAAAUGUCCGGGAAUUCGUGUUAUCGGGGGCCGAAUCUACGAUUCCGAGAAUGGGAAGAGUUGCCACCAGUGCCGGCAAAAAACCAUGGAUUUUUCGUCGGAAUGUAAGAAUCUGAAGAAUGGCAAGCUUUGCACUAUUAAGUUCUGCCACAAAUGUCUGCUCAACAGAUACGGUGAGAAUGCAGAGGAGACGGCGGUGUUGGAUGACUGGAAAUGUCCCAAGUGCAGAGGCAUCUGCAACUGUAGUUUAUGCAUGAAGAAAAGAGGUCAUCUGCCUACUGGUAUACUAGUACACACGGCCAAGAAAACUGGGUUUUCCUCGGUUUCUGAAAUGCUCCAUGUCAAAGGCCCUGAAAAUUUGGAGUUGGAGCGAACUUUUAAGCAUGUCAGUGCUUCUCUAAAUAAGAAAGCUUUUAAAGAUGUGGCUGCUUGUCCAAAUAAGCAGGCUGCUUCAAGCAAGGAGUCUGUGGCCACUCCAACAAAAAAGCCCAGUAAGGAAGACUCUUUUGAUGGAAAAAAGUAUUCAAACUUGCAACCUAUGCCUCCAACCUUGGAUGGUGAGGGUAACAAGGUAGAAGAACGCAAGCAGAAGAAGAUAAGGCGGAAAGACAAUGCUGGUGAUGGUAGCACUAGUGGUACUUCUCCAAAGAAGCAGAAAUCUUUUAAAGAUUUGGGUGCUUCUCCAAAUCAGAGGACUGUGUCAAACAAGGAGUCUGUGGCAGAUCCAACAAGAAAAUGUGGCAAGACUAACUUUUCUAAUGGCAAAAAAGAUUCAAAUUUGUUGCCCAUGCCUUCAACCUUGGAUGGUGAGGGUAAAAUGGCAGGAGAAAGCAAGCGAAAGAAGUUAAGACAGAAGGGCAAUGCUGCUGAAGGGAGCACUAGUGGUAGCACUUUAUUGAAAAAGAAGAGCUCCAAGGUGUCUCGAAUUUCUGAGGAAAACUCUAAGAAGCCAAUCAAAAAAGAAGAGAAUAGAAGUGGUACUAAUGAUAGGAGCCCAAACAAGGGGAAUUCUGAAUUGCAGAUCCCUGACAAAACCUCUCGGGAUCAAAAAAAGAAAACAGGGAAAAAAGAUGAAAGAAAUAGCUGGUUACCAGCUUGCAAUGAUAUAGGAGUUCUCUAUAAGAAUAUGGAUAAUGCCACAACCAAGCCCAUGACAGCCCAAAAUUUUAAUAUUGAUAUCCAGCUGCCUCAGGGUGCUGAUCUCACAACUGUAGCAGGAAUUGAUUUAGCCGCUGAGGAUGUUGGAAAUGCCUUGCAAUUCCUAGAAUUCUGUGCUGCUUUUGGGAAGGUUCUUGAUUUGAAGAAAGGACAGCCUGAAUCAAUUCUUCGGGAAUUACUAUGUGGUCGCAGUGGGCGUCGAAUCCAUAGAAUACAGUAUUCUCCAAAUGUUCGGUUUCACGCUCAGCUGCUGUCUCUGAUACAAAAGGACUUGGGAGAAGAAUCUGACCUGUUAAGUACCACCACCAGCAAGGAUUCAUGGUUGAAAGCUCUUGGAAAAUGCAUAUCUGAAUCCCGUUGUGCUUUCAAGGAUUUGCCAGCUGACUGCUUUGCUAGGGAUGGUGACAGCUAUGAUAAGCUGGACUCUUCACAAAAAUUGAAAGUCCUGAAUUUUCUGUGUGAUGAAACUCUUGGCACUUCAAAAUUGAGGAAUUGGAUUGAUAAGCAAAAUUCAAUAUUUGUUGAGAGAGCAAAAGAUAAGGUUCUUUCUGCAAAAGAUAAGGAGAAAAGCUUGAAAUGGAAGCUACAGAAUGAGGUGGCCAAGUCCAUCCUGUUAAUAAAUGAUACUCCUCUUUCUAUAUCUGAUCAUAAGGAUCUGGUUUCAAAAAUUAAAGUUGAAGUGGCUAAAGCUCAUGCAGAGAAACUAGAAGCAAUGGGCAUGGCACCUAAGAAGAAACAACGAUCAGAUGCUGUUAGGACAGAGCCAGUUCUUUUGGAUGGAGAUGGUUGUGUGUAUUGGAAUUUAAGAGGCCAUUCUAGUGAACCAAAUCUGUUGCUUCAAGAUAUUGGAAACUGGGAUUCUGUUGUACCUCAAGAGAAGUGGUAUAGUUAUGGUGUUGAACAAACAGAACUGGUUGAGAAAUAUAUUUCUUCUUUAAGAAUUAAACGACUCAGGACAAUUGCAGUUCCUGACAUACUUCCAGUGGGUAGUCAUAAAGGAACUCUAAAGCAUGAGUCUCCAGAUGACUCAUCAUCUCCAUCUUCUCCAAAAAUAGUGGUUGCGGACAGUGAAGAUGAUCAGGAGAGUUAGUUACUGUUGUGGUUGAUUCAUUGCCUGUCCAUUUUGAAUUUACAAAUGUGCACAGGUUCACACCUUUUGCUAAGUUGUACAACUCGAAGCUCAAGAUGAUGAUGAUGAUGCUAUUUUU